AUGCUUAGAGUUGAGGAUGAGGGGUUGAGGGUUUCCUUGGCAACCUUCCUAUUGCAGGGGAAUGCGAAUUAUUGGCAGAAGUAUACGAAAGGUACUAUAGGUGCCACGUGGGUUGCGUUUACCGAGGCCUUCUUGGCCAAGUAUUUUCCUCUUUCUACGCGGGAAAGGUUAGGGGAACAAUUUGUUGAGUUGCGUCAGGAUGUUACCCCUUUGGCUCAGUUUGAGAUGAGGUUCACUAGUUUGUCAAGAUUUGCUCCAAAAUUGGUGGCAACUGAGGAGCGUCGUUGCUAUGAGUUUGAGAGAUGGUUGCGUGAUGAUAUCCGGGAGAAGGUGGUUAGAUCUAAGUGGAAGAAUCAUUAUGAUCUAGUUAAGGCGGCGACCCAUGCAGAGGUCGUGGUUAGUAGUAUGGGUCGAGCUAGGGAAGAGGCCACUUCGAGUCUAGUGAAGAUUGGUGGAAGUGAUGUGGAAAUGUUAAUGAACAUUGCGAAAAUGAUAUGUUAUGUUGGUUGUGGCAUCGCCGUGUGGGUGAUGGGCGUUAUUGGGUGA